AUGGAAUCUUGUUUCUGCAGAAUUGGAGGCCACAAUGACCGGAGUUUCGGAUCCUCCGGUGUCGGCAGGCAAGCGACUGCUGUCUGUGGAUUGCGAGGAUUCAUCGGAGUCAUCAUCUCAAACAGAAGUUCAUGGAAUCUCUUUCUUGGCAGCUGGACGAUUAACACCAAGUAUUACACUACGGAUGCUUCUGUGUGUGUAUCACAUAUUUGCGAUGACUACUCUCUGCCUCAGUCCCAUCCACUGGUGGCUUUAGUUAUGCUCUUUGACCUGAGUCAGAACAAUAUCAAGUUCAUUGAGGCUUGUGCCUCUAAUCCUCAUUUUGAUAAGUUCAAUGGGGAUUCGCAAGGGGUUGAACGUAUAUUUGGUGCUCUUUCGGCACAUAUGUGGCCUGGAAUGAUUCUGAAAUCGGGUGAUAUGAUAACUGAACCCAUGUUACCUCAUGGAGAAGAAAGAGAAUCUGGAUACGGAUUGGAGUAUGAAGUUCUAUCAGCUGAUCCAUGGGAGAAUAUCGAGGAAAGAUGGGUCUCUGCAAGUGAAACGCAUUCACAUGGUGGAUCCACCUCACCGAAGGAAGUUGUGGAUGAUGAGCUACGGCCUUCGCCGGAUAAUGAGACUGAGAGAGCAGUAGUGACAGGUGAAAAACCUACGAAAAACGACAAGUGUUACGAGUUUGAAGACGUGGAACCGUUGAUGUCAGAAAUAGGGACAACUUGCGAUUGA